AAACUACAGGACACUCACACGUUUGCGGCAGCACACCUAGCUAGCAUAGCUGGGGUGAGACACCUGGCCGGUGGCCGCAUGUUUCUCCAACACAAACACACUGUAAGAGCAGUCACUACACCAGCGACGUGCUCGCGAUGAUGAAUUGAUGAUCAGUGUCGCUGUUACAGCCUAAGCACCUAAUGAUCCGUCUGGCCCGUCUUACCUUUUUUUCGUCUCCAGACUGCUCCACGCAAAGCUUGACUUUUGCUUGUCCUGCCUCCUCCCAUGAGCUUGUAUUACGGCACUUUGCAUGUACCCGCGUCUUGGAUGAUGGCAUCGACUGCCGGUCUCGCGGGGUUGGAGGCAUGCAGAAUGUCUACUUUGCCUUUGAUGCUUGGCCGCGGCACCGUCAUCAUACAUACAACAACAGAGACGAGUACCCGCCAACUCGCAACUCGGCCAGAGGAUGGAGAAUCUCUCAAAGUACCAGUCCAGGCUGCUUCGAGGGGUCCUUUGCUGCGCUGACGCCCUCCUCUCCACCUGUGACUUUGUCCAAGGCUUGGUGCUCUUGGGGUGUUCUUGGCCUUGGCGAAGCUGACCAACGGCCAGAUCCCAAGGUUAUUCAGCUGAAUUUCAGCAAAAGGUCUUGUCACAUUGCGAGAUUGCCAAUGGGCUGUGAAGCUUGUGAGCCAUUGGCUUUGGGCCCAAUCCAAGAACUAGCCAAAGUUAUUGAUUAAAUAACAGUAUCUGAGAAUAUUGGUCUGGUUAUGUGGUACAUGUUGACCGAAACAAGUCGUCUCCAUUGGUCAUCGAUCACUGCUGAAACUCCCGGGUUCGACGAGUGUCGAGACAUUCUGUCGAUGACCCAUGAGUUUCAUUUGCUAC